CCAGUGGCCGGGAGCCCAGCGCGCAGCCGGGUGGGCUGAGGGGCGGCGGCGGCUUGGGAGCCGGGGAAGUUUGGGCGACCGUGGGCAGUGCUGCCAUCCGGAGCCAGGUUGAAGCCGGAGGACCAGGGGGCGGGCGUACCGGCUUACGGACGCCCCCAGGCCCGCUGCCACUGUGUCGCGUCCUCUCGCCUGGAAAAGUGUUUAAGCUUUUAAAAUGUCAUCUAUCAAGCACUUAGUUUAUGCUGUUAUUCGUUUCUUACGGGAACAAAGUCAGAUGGAUGCUUAUACUUCAGAUGAACAAGAAAGUUUGGAAGACAUUUAAAAAAGCCCUAGAAGAGGAGCCUCAGUUCUUGUACCAGCCUUACCAUAGUGUUGCAAUUCAGUGCUUGGAGACAGUUUUUAAAAUCAGCCCAGAAGAUACCCAUCUAGCAGUUUCACAGCCUUUGACAGAAAUGUUCACCAACUCCUUCUGUAAGAAUGACGUUUUGCCUCUCUCAAACUCAGUGCCUGAAGAUGUGGGAAAAGCUGACCAAUUAAAAGAUGAAGGCAAUAACCACAUGAAAGAGGAAAAUUAUGCUGCCGCCGUGGAUUGUUACACACAGGCAAUAGACCUGGAUCCAAAUAAUGCAGUUUAUUAUUGCAACAGGGCUGCUGCUCAGAGUAAAUUAGGUCACUACACGGAUGCAAUAAAGGACUGUGAGAAAGCAAUAGCAAUUGAUUCAAAAUACAGCAAGGCCUAUGGGAGAAUGGGAUUGGCCCUCACUGCCAUAAAUAAAUUUGAAGAAGCAGUUACAAGUUAUCAAAAGGCAUUAGAUCUUGACCCUGAGAAUGAUUCUUAUAAGUCAAAUCUGAAAAUAGCAGAACAGAAGUUAAGAGAGGUAUCUAGUCCUACAGGAACUGGAUUGAGCUUUGACAUGGCUAGCUUAAUAAAUAAUCCAGCCUUCAUUAGUAUGGCAGCAAGUUUAAUGCAGAAUCCUCAAGUCCAGCAGCUAAUGUCAGGAAUGAUGACAAAUGCUAUUGGAGGACCUGCUGCUGGAGUUGGGGGACUAACUGACCUGUCUAGCCUCAUCCAAGCGGGACAGCAGUUUGCUCAGCAGAUACAGCAACAGAAUCCUGAACUCAUAGAGCAACUUAGAAAUCAUAUCCGGAGCAGAUCAUUCAGCAGCAGUACUGAAGAACAUUCGUGAAUUGACCAGGGACCCUGGCCCAGAGCACAAAUGAUUAUGACUCUUAAGUGUUUGCUGUAGAUAGUGGCCAAAACAAAGACACCUAAAGAAUCAAUCUGUCUAGAUGAUAGGUUUGUCAUAAAUAGACUGAACAUAACAUGACUCCUUUGUAAACAAAUGAUCAGUAACCCUGUGGAGUGCCAGUAUAGUACUGGACAGGGUUCCAUUUUCAAAUCUUCAUCAUCAUAUUUGUAUAUUAGACCUAAUAGCAGAGUAUAUUUAUUGAACAGUAGGGCUGUUUAUUGGUGAGCUUUCCAGCUCCAGAUUCCCAUAAGCAAACCCUUUUGAGUUUGAUGGAGAUGACCAAGAGGACAGGUUUCUCAUGCUGGUUUAUAAAUAUCCUGGCCACUGAAUAGCAUGUCUGGAGAAAAGAAAUUUGUUGUCUAGGUUUCAUUUUGAUAGUGCUGUCAGUACUAAAUAUAGAUCACAGGGGCCAGUACUAUCUUUAAUGCUGCUUGUUCUGAAGGGUAACACGGAAUACUAAGAGCUGGUGGAAAGCAGCAUUUGGUGCAAGGGUUGUUUUGAAAAGAAAAAUAGAUGCUGUGAAUGUACAGAGUGAAGGUAGGAUGUUCAGGUUUUCUGCAUAGUUCUUAACUAAUCUUGCCUGCAGUUUGGUCUUGAUAACAUUAGCAUGGCCAAUUACUCUAAGUACAUAAUAAAAUACAUUUAGAAAUCCUUAAUGGUACUGUUUAGGUCCUUUGUAUAACUGUUCAAUUUAACUUGCACAAUUUCCCCAGUGGUGACUUUACCAUGGAAACUCUCAAAUAUAUUUACAUUUAAAUAAGCCAGUGGUUUGACCCUCAAGGAUUUUCUAAGUGGCAUUUAAUUAUGUGCAUAUAAAUACUGAUUUUUUAAAAACUCACUAAUUAUUUGAUGGAUUAUAAAAACUUCUAUCACUAACAUUGCUUGUUCAUGUAAACCUUUGCUGUAAUUUGGCUUGGCAUGUUGCUUUUAUGCUUAAUCUUAAUUUGAUGCAAUGUAAACAUUAAUAGGGGACUUAAAUAUUUCACUGAAAUCAGAAUUCAUAGUAGUUAAGAAAUGUGGCAUUAAGUAUUAAUGGCAUGGCUUUAACUACAGCGAUGGUAAGACCAUUCUAACUGGAAUUUCUUUUGUUAAUUAUGGAAUUGGUAAAAUUGGGUGAACACAUAACAAUUUCACAAGUGUGAGAGAUAACUGAAAAAGUAAUAUAAAAUUAAGUCAGUAAUACUCAUGAUGAUGAGGACCUUACUAUAACUAUUCUCCUCAGAAGACCUGGUAUCUAGAAGUUUAAAUACCAACUUUUCCUUACUUUCCCCUUGUGAGUUUAGAAUAAUGGUUCUGUAAUUUCACUGUAAGAAUUCAUUAAAAAUGAAGUUACAGAGCCAUACUUUCAAUUUUUAUUUAAUAGGUCCUGUAGUAAGGCCUAGGAAUCACCAUUUUAAAUAGCAUACCAGGUGGUUGUGAUGUAGGUCCAAGGACUCUAAUUUAGAGCAAAAG